UUCAUUUUUCCUAUUUGUAAGUAAAGAAUCAUCGCUUCAGAAGGAGUGGGGAGAUUCCCAACAUGCUAACUGCUCAUUAUAACUUCACUUGGAGCAAAAUAAAAGUCAAGAAUUUGCAAGCCAUGCGGAAAACAAAGCAGUUUGUGUGUGUGUGUAAGGAGAGAGUUGGCACCCUGAGGCCCUAGGCUGCUAAGUAUUUGACCCCUGCACCAUUGCUUCACUCCUGUGAUGUUUUAUUCCACUCUAAAAUUUGGGAAUAGUGGAUUUUCUGCACCACAGUAAAUGAUAAAAGAGAUGCUCUUCCUCCCUCUCUCACCAUCCUAAAAUAGAAUGGGAAAAAAAAAUGUGAGGGUGGGGAGGAUAAGAAAAUAAAUAAUUUGUCUGGAUCAUAUAUGGACAUCACAAUCUCUCUGCUGAGUCAUUAUUUCAAUAUUUAUCACAUUAUUAUGUGAUCUUAUGUUUUCCAUGGGUAGGUUCUGGCCACAACAUGUGAAGAGUUACCUCCAGAUGGCGUUCUUCUAAUAUAUCUAUCAGCAUCAGGUAAAAUUGGAAAAACUUUUCCUUUGCCAUCUAGUUCUGGAACUUUCAUGAACUCUCCUGAAAACACUGGGGGGAGCUCUCAUGAUGUGGAAUCUGAUGCAUACCCUACUUCAUUGAGCUUUCCUCUUGAUAACGCAACUUCUUCUGUCCACAACAAGGGAAAUCGGGAGAACAGAAAUUCAGGGUUCUUAUGGCUGGGUUCUCGUGGAAACGAAGGAUUAAAUUGUCUUUACCCUUCUGACUUAAUCCCGUUCACAAGGCGGCCUCUUUUUGUGAUAAUUGACAGUGAUAGCAGUCAAGCAUUCAAGGCUAUACAUGGCGCUGAAAAAGGAGAGCCAGUUGCUUUGCUGCUUUCUCCAAGCUCUCCAUAUAGUGCUGUUGAUUCUUCUCGUCACCCAAGUGGAAGUCAAUUCUCCCUGUUCCUCAAUGCUCCUCUGCAAGCUUUCUGUCACUUGCUUGGCCUUUCAGGAUCGAAUAUCGACAUGGACAAAUAUAACAAGGCUGAGCAGUUGCUUUCCCUAUCAUUAAAUGAUUGGGGAUCAAGAUUGGCAGCGUCAGACAAACUUGAUCCAGCUUGGGGUCAAGUCUUUUAUGAUCCAUUCCUAAGGAGGCUUAUUCUGAGGUUUAUAUUCUGCCGCGCUGUGAUUGCAUGUUAUGCUCCAACCUUCAUAAACAAGGAUUUCCUCCCCGACUGCUUGCCUCACCUCCCUGAGUCCGUCUCACCAUUGGCGACUGCCUCCCAAAUUGUAGUUUUUCAAAUUGCCCAAGUUUUUGAUGUAGCCAACCACUUUAUUUUCUCUGAUGAUAUCCGUCUGCCUGAGAAUAGUCAUGCCAUCGGAAAAUCAACAACUAUGAGAGUUCUGGACAACGACGAAGCGGAUCUUGGUGCUGAAAUGAGCUUUGCUUUUAGAAAGCUGUAAAGGAAGUAUUUUUUUGUAUUUGGUUUGUAAAUCACAUUCUGUACAAAAGCUUAGUUCUUUUAAUUACAGAGCAUUAUGAUAGUGAUUACGAAGAUUAGAGCACUCAUUGGAUUGUCUGCAAGUCAGUUUGUAGCUCAACUCAUCUUAAUGGCCAAUUAUAAGAGUGAACUGUUUUCCCUUCUGUA